AUGGAGGUCAUACUUGUCGUAUGCUUGUCGCCACCAUUGUGCUUUUAUUUCGAAAGACAGACCGGAAAUGCCUGCAGCUGUGGGAAUCAUGUAGUGUGUGGAGUCAGUUCAGCUGAGAGUGAAGGUAAGCAGCUGACUGCUGAAGUGACAGAGUAUUGAUAUUAUAGUAAAAAUGUAAGACUAACUGCUUGAAGUUAAAUCUAUGUGUGCACCGGGGGUGUCUACGUGAGCGCGUGGUGCGCUUCGCGUGCACAGUGAUGCUGCACGUGCCUGUCGCAUCAGUCCCACAGCUGGGAAACUGAUGUUGUUAGUGUAGUUGGUAGUCUUGGAUAUAUGUGUGUGUAUGUGUGUUUCCUGUCAGUUUGGAGCUGCUUGUUGUGUAAACGUUAUGACGGGAAAGUAUUUUGGCUUUAAGUGCUGAAGUAAAGUUUUCUGAUCACAGAAACAUCCGGCUAGUCUUAAACCAACAUUUUUCUUUUCUACGUUUUGCCAUUUAAUCUUAAUUUCUUUCAGUUUUCAUUUAUAAAAGAUAGCCGUCAAAUUUUAAUGAUUUAAAUAAAAUUAUAAUUAAAACUCCAAAUCAGUAGGCUACACAUUAUUGUUGUCUGAAUUAGCAGAGAUGGCCUUUUAACAAGUCAAAGCAAAUAAAGUAGUUUUGUUUAUCUUACGUUUACAUCAUCCAAACAUUUAUGUUCAGAGCUGAGUAGAAGUGGGUCUUUUGAGAUUCUUUUUCAUUCUGACUCAGAGUAGAGCUGUUAAAAUUGAAGUUUGAGUCCUCAAAGUCAUCUUCAGGGUUUUAAUUUAGUCAUUUAAAAGUAACAGAAUUUUCAAUGUCACUGAAAAUUUGGAAGAACAUAAAAAGACCUAAAUUCACAAACAAAUCCCCCAGCCCUGUUUCUACAAAGCUCCCCCUCCAGCUCUCAUCUCUCACUCACUCCCUCUCUCUCUCUCUCUGAAUUCUUAAUGAGAGUGUGUAUUGUUGCAUUGUUGUGUAAAAUUAGCAAAUGAAUAAACGCAACAUACUGACACUCAGUUCCCAGGAAUCCUUUCACACAGUGUGUGUGUGUGUGUGUGUGUGUGUGUGUGUGUGUGUGUGUGUGUGUGUAAAUUGCACAAUAACCCCCCCAGCCUUGUUUGGUAGAUAUUUUGUUGUGAAAAUUCUUGUGUGGGAAAGUCUGCUGACAAACAAUCACAGUUUUAGCUUCCACUGUGUCACAGCAAGGUGCUGACACAAUUUACAACUUUUAUCAGGGUUCACACUUUGAAUAAACAUGAAGUUAGUUAUAGUGAUUUGAUUUGUGUUAUUUAUUCUUGACAACUAUGACAAGAGUUAAACGACAUAAUGACAGACCAAAUAUAACAUGUUUGUUCACCUCAUUAGACUGUAGGGCAGACUCCUUUUGUCAGGCUCCACAGCCUGUCUUAAAGGGAUAUUCUGGCGUAAAAUUAAGUUUGGGUCAAACACACCGUAACACUGAGAUAGACACCCUGUCGAGAGAUGAAUGUUGCCAACCACUUGCUUCUCUAGUUAUACCAACUUUGGUAAUGACUGCAGAUAGCAAUACAGAAAGCCAAGCGCUCAACCAAAAAGCCACUCUAUAGCUACAAAUAAUGCUCAGAACAGCACCUAACUUCAUUAACAGUACAUAUAGGGUCCUAGCCAUAGUUCUAGCCACCAAACAUCUUUUUAGCUUUGCCUAAUUUCUUUAGCAAAGAGACCAAACACAACUCACCCACUCUCUUCUAUCAGCUGCUUGUUUGUACGGAGACUUCCAGGUGAGACUGCAGCAGGGGGACGCAGCUCAAGGAAGAACAUUUAUGAUAAUUUCUUCAUGGAAAUGCAAUCAGACCGAGACACUAAGACAGAAUAACUACUGCGUCUGCAGUGCAAAAUGAUUAAUAUGAUGAUCAUUACUUCAAGGAAAUGAUAAAGUAAUGAUCAUAAAUGUUCUUCCUUGAGCUGCGUCCCCUCACUGCAGUGGAUGGACUCGCCUGGAGGUCUCCGUACAAACAAGCGGCUGUUGGAAGAGAGUGGGUGAGUUUGGUUUAGUCUCUUCGGUAAAGAAAUUUGGCAAAGCUAUAAAGAUGUUUGGUGGCUAGUACUAUGGCUGAGACCCUUUAUGUACUGUUGAUGAAGUUAGGUGCUGUUCUGAGCAUUAUUUGUGGCUAUAGAGUGGCUUUUUGGCUGAGCACAUGGCUCUCUGUAUUGCUAUCAGAUGGUCGUUGCUAAAGUUGGUGUAACUAGAGAAGCACGUGGUUGGCAACACUUAGCUCUCGACAGAGUGUCUAACUUGGUGUUACGGUGUGUUUGACCGUGACUUAAUUUCACGCCGUAAUAUCCCUUUAAGUCCUUGAGUUGAUGCAUGAUUGACAGCUGUCAAACAUGUAAAAAACUAAACUUACAAGAACAGUAGUUAAAAAAGGGUAGUUCAUAAAUGAGAAAAUCAAUUAAGGUCUGACAAAGAUCAAUGACGUCUUUAGAGGGAGUGAACUUUUAUCCCAGUGAAACUAAGUCUUGAAGCAAAAAUAAUGGAUUUGGCUUCUUUGAGUGUGAAGUCUGUCACCUCAGCUAAUUCAGUCCCUGAGCUCAACCUCUCACCAUAUCUGUGAUGUUGGCGUGCUUCAUUAUUUCUAACCAUACUAUAAUGAUUGCUAGCUGUUUGUUCUCCCAGCUCCACUCUUCCUAUGAGGCACGGUCACCUCUGGCUGUAAAAAAGAAACAAAAUAACUUUUGGCUUUAAAAUGAUGGCACACAUACUGGUAGGAGACAUCCACUGCCACUAAAAGGGCUGCCAGCUGAACAGAGAGAGGGAGGGAGCACUUCUCUGCAGUAGUUUUUUUUUUCCUCUCAAAUCUCCCUCUGCUUUUUUGCUCAUUCUCGCUGUCCGUCUGGUUUCCAUCAGUUGUGGUCCUGAGCUCUAGCUCUAUUGCCGUGGUGACAGAGAACAGUCCGGUCGCUAUGGGAGACAGCCAGAAAUAGGCUGUUAUUAAACAUUUGUUUGUCUGUGUGUUCUUGCUUCUCUUUCAUAUAAUAAUAGUGAUACUGGCAUUAAGCUAUAGGGCUGCUAUUAAACACCGAAUGUGUGUGUGUGUGUGUGUGUGUGUGUGUGUGUGUGUGUGUGUGUGUGUGUGUGUGUGUGUGUGUGUUUGUGUGUUUGUAUGUGUGCACAAAAGUCUAAUAACAUUCCUAGUACCUGAGUUUUACUAGUACUUGGUCCAUGUUAACCUUUUUUCAUAGCACUGUGAGCAUAACAGCAUCAUGGUACCAUAAUUCGCCUCCUCACAGCUAUAAUGUGAUCAUUAAACCUGUUUGGUUAGUUUGAGAGCAUAUCAUUGUUCCCGAAAAGCUCCUAGAUGAGGGUUUUCUGGCACAAAAAGGAAGUAAAUGAGGAAAGCUCUUUUUCUUGCAUUUGUUUAUUUAUAAAGAUAGUUUUCAGGCCAGUUUCUUAGACUGGUCCUGAUUUUGAUCUUUUGGAUAAAGAUGUCUGGCUUGACGGCCACAAACCAGCUGAACACAGAAUGUUGGCAUCUUGCCAUCACUGUCAGCUCAAGUUUUUACAUUUUUCUCCUUCUCCCCCCUCCUCAGUGUUUUCUCAUUCUUUAUCUGAAAAAAGAAACAAUAAGUACAGAAACAUCAAUUAACAGUUAAGCGAAAAAAGAUCAUUCAAGCAAACAAGAAUAUACUGCAAAAAAAACCACUUUUUUAAAAGUUAAAUGCAAUGUUAAUGGUGCACAUGCAAAGAGCUCUAUUUUGUGAAAACAUCUUUUAUGGAGAAUAACAUGCAGCAGCCCCUGGUGAUGAAAAAUGAAGCCAGUGUGGAAGCGGAAAAAAAAACUCCUGCAGUUCCUUGAGUGUCCUCCAUAAGCCAAGGAGACUCCACUGAGCAGUAAGCACCUCAUGAAAAUAUCUAUCUUCACAACACAAAUAAAAAUGUUUACAGCCUGAAACAACAGGAACAAUAACUCUGGUGGCAAUGUUACAACUACCAUGUUUAAGGUUUCUUGAGUUACCCAUCGGUGACAUCACUAAGACAAUGUCCAAAAAACAUCAAGUCUGCGCCAUUGCAACCAAUUUCCCUCAUAACCAUGAACCAGUAAACAAUUCACAACUAAAUGCAUCCUUACUUUUGAGAAUGUAAAGCUGAGGAAUCUGAUGAGCCGGUUGCAUUUCUUUAUUUUCAUCACAGCACAGACUUCGUUGUUUUUUUUUACAUUAAGAGUCAGGCUGACUCUAGUCCAUAGAGGUCUUGGUCCCUGACUUAUAGGUGGUAUAAACUGGUAUAGGUGACUGUGAUUUUGGAAAGAUUAUGUAUAGAUGCAGCCAAAAUGAAUCUUCGCCAUGUGUAUAGUCCACCAGCUGAAGAGGCCUUCUGAGGAGCAAGUCUUCUGAGAGAGACAGCAGUUACUUUUGCUCCCUCCAGAGCUACAGAGAGACUCGACCUAAUUGACAUAGAGGGAUGGCUGGAUUCUGUUCCUCAUUAACCAUUUAAAGAAUCUCCUCCUCUCUUUCUUCCUUCUCACACACCCUCCUGAGGUCUCUUUUUUUGUAAUCAAAUAGAAUCUUCUCAAGAUUAAUUUUCCUCCUCAGCCGACAUUUGAGGAAGAAAUUGAAGGACACCUUAAAAGGCAGCAGAGACACUUGAGGAUCCUGUUUCUAAAGAAGCUUGUUUGACCUCUGCUGCCUCUGUUUCCUUCUGGGGGAUGAGUCAUAUUCUUCAUCAUUUGAAGAUCUUAGAAGAAAAACUCCACCUUAAGGACCAUCAUAGAUUUGUCUGUGUGAUCCUCACUCUCUGUCACCUCUGGAUCAACCUCUAGCUCCAGCUGAGAAGCAUUGAAAUUCUCAGUAGCCCUGAUACCUUCCCCAGACAUACUUGAGAUGUCUGAUGUAGUGAUUUGAAAUGAGCCUCAUACGGUCGCACCAAAAUAUAUGUAGCGAUUUGAAAUGAGCCUCACAAGGCCGCACCAAAAUAAUACUUGGCGAUUGGAAUUUAUAAUAAAUGUCUGAAGAUUAAUAAUCUCAAAUUAUGACAUUUAUGCACUCGUUGAAAGGGGCACCACCCACCCUUAAUGGUGGGAAAAUAAAGAAAACAAAAGUUUAAUUCAGAAAUCAAACAUCAAGUCAGUUUUAAUUAAUCAGUCUUAAUUAAUCGGUCUUAAUUAAUCAGUCUCAUAUCUUAAGUCGAAAUUCUAAUUUCAGGGACUCCACUUCUGGAAGAACACUAACAGACAGGAACUUAGAAAAAUAAUGAUCUGUUUAUUACAGGAUAAAUGAUGGUACAACACACAUGCAAUAAAUGAUGAUAAGAUAAUGAAGAUAAAUAAUAAUAGGUGAAUAAAUCAAGAUUCUGAGUCAGGCUAGGAGCACUAAAGUUAAUGAUAGUGAGUGAAUAUGCGCUAACAUAUUAACCUACACUAACUUUGGUGUCGAGAUAAACCCGGGUGUAGAUUUGGAGGAAUCUAAGAUCACCAGAAAUAGGUGGAUAUCUGAGUUAUGAACGCGUGAGACAGCAUCAGCCCUGUCUGGAGCUCUGGAGGUUUGCAUACUUAAGUGAGACUGGUCCUUGGAGAAGAUGGAGCAGGUUCCGAAGGUCCGGGGCUACUGGCGGUUCGAGCGGUUCAGCUCAGAAGACGACUGAAGUCAGCCGAAGGAUGAGCCAGGAGUUGCAGCACUCGGGCCCGAAGCAAAGCCAGCGCCUGUGGAUCCUGUGGAUGCUCGUUUGGGUACUUCUUUGGUCUCACUCAAAAACUCUGGCACAGAGGAUGACCUGGGCCUGCUGGGUUGCGUUCAGAGGUGACUUUGAAAUCACGCAGAAAACUCAGAAAAACGAGGCUCGAAGAGCAGAGAAAACUUUCAAAAAUGGCUUCGCGAAAUUAAAGAAAAAUCAAUCAAAGGCUUAAUCUUGAAUUGCUAUGCGCACAAAAAGUUGAAGUUUCAAAACUUGAACUAAGACGAUGUUAAAGAAAAAUCAACGUGAAUCAACACGUGGCGUAAAACUUAGAAGACUAAGAAAAAGUUCUAAGAGAAAAUAAAGAAACGCACCACAGAAGGGUGUGGGCAGAAGAGAAGGGGCAUAAGAGCCGGGGACAAGAGAGUCAGCAGAAGAGCAGAAGCAUAAGAGAAAACAAGAGAUAAGAGAGUGAGCAACCCCACUUCACUGGUUUUAUCUUCUCACACUGGGAGUGGCUGAGGAGAAAGAGGAGGGGGUCAUCGGGUCUCUGAUUAUUUGAUCUAACUUAUUCUUUUGGCUGGUAAAAGAGUCAGAUCUGAUACUCACUCACUAUGAUUAACAUCAUUGAAUGCUUGGUUUCAUGAUAAAUAAUUUGAUACUAAACACAUAUGAAUGAAGUGUAGGAUCACAUCAAACUUCUCAUUAUGUUUUAAGUAUCACAUUGAACAUGCUAAAUUACUCUGAAAUGAAACAGAUAGUAACACAUGUAAACUGUGAACAACAAAAGAGUAAAUACAUGUGAAUGAACGUCAUCAUGAUUAAUAAUGGAUUCUAAAUACUCACAUUCAGAUUAUUCAAUGACAUUAUAACCACCUAAUGGUUAAAAACACUAAAUAAACAACUAAAAUAUAAACCAAACAUUUCUAAACUAUUUCUGUUACCUAGAGUUAAGUUAUGAUCCAUAGUCAAUAAAUUUAACUCUUAAAAGUUCAUGAAACAGUCUGAAAAGCUGUUGGUCUAAAGAAACUAAAGAGCGAUAACUCGGCUUCUGGAGCACAUAGAAAAACGGGAAACAUCUCAUUUUAACACAAAUUUCAUGAUUAGACAGAUUAGUACAUUGCUGAAUGCAUAAGAUGUCAGGAUCAGUCAUUUGUAUUCUUUCACCAAAGGAAUGUAGUCUUUAUCAGUGCAUGGUCGAGCAGGGUUUUACGACCGAGGUCUGGAGGUCAGUGUCCCCCCUUAUCCUAGGGACCGUAUGUCCACACACUUUAAGACGCUAAAUCUCAAAUGGGAGAUCUGGGUUAAGACGUUAAUGUUUAUUUAGAUGGUCAGCAAAUGGAGUCAGUUUGAAAGGUAAUAAAAACUCUGUCUCUGUUCUCCGAAUUGACCAAUCGUGAAGAGUCGGAGGUUUAGUCAACCUCCGGUUGGGUCACUUAUUUAACCUGAAAGUGUAAACGAGUCUGGAAAGAUUUAUAUCCUGUUUCCUGGGACCAGAUAAGGAAGCUUUCCUGUGAGGAAUGUGUGGGUUUCACACCCAGGGUUGUCUUGAUUGCUACACUGAGUUUGCAGAGAGAAUCCAAAGACAAAGAGUGAAGGUCCACCUGGUCUUGUGAUGAAGAACUGUGACAGCAGAGGACAUCUUUGAUCUCAAAAAGAUUGUCACAGUUCAUCCAGUCAUCUUCCUCUUUGUCUGUGUGACUGAAAUCCGACAUCUGGUGGAGAAACAUUAGGGAACUGUAGUCUGUAUCUGAGCUACUCAUUUUUACAUGUUCAAACAAACAUUUUCUUUUUUUUGCUAGUGCGUUAAAGUUUCAUUAUUGUGCCAGGUUAAAUUCCUUCCCAGGUCACCUGCAUUGAGAACUAUGGUCUCAUUACAUGAGGCUGCAGCAGAUAAUUACUGGGCCAAACCUGCACCCCUUCAUUGUCAUUUUGAGUUGAUGAAAGUGAUCAAGCACUGUAUUCUGUUGUUGUUCUUUACUUUGCUCUACAUGUGUACAUAAUAGAAACACCCCAGCCCAGUAACAGCCACAUUUCCAUAUUCAGUAAGAUUAGCUCCAUCUAAACCUGAGACUGAUGAAGUGAUGUAAUGUGUACUCACUGAGCAGGUGCAUGGAGAAAAUUGUCCUCAAGAUGUGUUUUGAAGUUGUAAUCCUGCUAAUUAUCUCCAGUUUUUCUCAACCUCAAUUAUAAACAGAGCCUGUUGUUUUGUUAUGCUGAUUACAUAACACCGUUUCAUGUCUUCUGUGCCUGCUCCUCAGAGGAUGAACACCCUCAGGGUAAACCUUUCAAUUUUAGCUCCUCUGCUGGUUCAGACUCAGAGAAUAAAGGACAAAAUCCUCAGGCUGUAGAUUGUUUCUAUUCUGGCUGUAAUGAACUCUGCCGCCUGUAGGGGACGCCGACUGUUUGUUCCUCUUCCUGCAGGCAUUUCAUCUUCAGAACUCAGUUAACAAGACUGUAACCCUUAUCUGCUGUCUGCAUUUGCAUAUUUCAGUAAUUGGUAACAUUUUUGUGUGUGUGUGUGUGUGUGUGUGUGUGUGUCAGUGUCAGUGUUUACAGCCCCAGUAGGAUAUCAACAAUAAUAGUUUAAUUCACAUUCAGGAGCCUGCAGGAAACUCUCAGCCUCAUUAGACAUGUAAAACUCCUCAAAAGAGGAAUAAAGUUUUAUCAUUAUCUGGUGAUACAGGAAUACAUCCCAGGUCAGAGGUCAAAGGUUAGGUCAAGUUACUUUGAUGCAAGCUUGCGCAGACAUUAAACCAGAUCAAGGUCAAAGGGUGACCACACUGAAAAAGAAAUGAGAAAAAGAGCCUGAUUCUUACUGAAAUCAUUCCCUAAGCAGUUUUCAGAACAGGCAACAUUAUCUGAUAAAGUUAUGACUGUACUUUGUGAGGCAGUGAAAACCAGUACACCUAAGGGACCAUUGCUGAUUGCAUAUGAUAAUUUGUUAUACUUGCGAAGGACGUAUGCAUUUGUAAUCCCAUGCAAAUUGGCCAUGUCUGUAAUGUAAAAUAUUAAUAAGCAACAAUAAAAAUUAAAAUAAUCCUUUCCGCCAGUCUUGGGGUAGCCUACAUGGUGGACUUUAACAUAUGCAGUAAAAAAACAAGUACACCAUUCAGUAAAAGGUUUGUACUGUAACUAUAGUAAAAGGUCUGUCUCUCCAUCCCAGUGCAGCAGUAUUUGCUAGUUGGCUAAAAUGUGUUUUUUUUAAUUUAUUUAAAUGUAAUUUGUUUGAUCACUGUGUGAGUUUUUGGUCUUUUGUUGUAUGGUAACUGGUUGAUUUGGCCAGCAGAAAAAAUGCUUACCUAUAUGCAGAAAUAUCAAACUAAAACCAAUCCAUAGAUCUUGAAGAGGAAGAAGAAGGUUAUUUAUCUCAGAAGGGAAAUUCAAUAGAUCUUGAUGUUGAAGACUGAAAAGAUGGAAGACAUGAUUCUUAGCAUAGUGUUAGAGAUAUUUUCUGUCUGCAAAACACAAGGUGAACGAUGAUGCCUUUUUGUAUUGAAUUAAUGAGAGCUUUAUUUAUUGUUGCUAAGCAACCAAAUCACUUGUGCAGUGAUGACUACUGAAGUAAGGAGGAAACAGUCUGGAGUUGGGUCCAAUACAAACAGAAUAAUUGUGUUGUAGCUCUUAAAAUUCUUGACAACAAGUUACUAUCCAUAUGGCGUCAAAUUUUUAAUGCACUAGUUUUAUGGCAGUUUACAGGAUGUGGUUGUCUAAUUUGUUUAAUCAAUUUCCAGCAAACUUUAGCUGUAGGCUGCUGUAAAGAGUUAUGCUGCCCGGAUUUUAACUAGUCUUAUUCACACACUGCUGGCUCAACCACAGCGUGUGCCGGUUUUGGGGUAAAUGUUUUGCACAAGGACUCUUUAGCAUGACAGCAGGAUGUGUGAUCUAACCCCCCCCCCCCCCCCCCCAACUUUCUGGUUGAAAGAUAGUUGACUUUGCCACAGCAGCCACAGCAGCCAUCCAAGAAGGGUCCCGAGGCCUGCACUGCAGGCAACAGAGAGAAAAUAGAGAGAUGUAACAGACAGUGCCAUGACAGUGUACGAGCUUAUGUCUCUUUGGGGAGUAAUAAAAUAUAGAACAUUGUUUUUAUUGUUAAUUUACAGUUGUUUAACAGCAAUUGCAAAAAAAAAAAAAAAAACAUUAAAAAAUACUUUCAGCAUCAUAAGUAUCUUGAUUUGUACACAGUAACAUCCUUGCUUUCUAAUAAUACAUUAUUUUAAAUAUCUGUAUUGAUAAGUACCUCUGACCUUCAUUGUGAUAAAGCUGGAGUUUUUCAGUCUGCUACAUCUUUGUUUCAGCAGGAAGUACUGCAGGAAUCUCUGACACUUCCUGCUGUGAUUUGCAGGGAAAAGAUGAAAUAGGACAUAUACAUCACUGUUCCUUAUAUAGAACCUGCUGCUGUUACAAUCAGACAGUGUGCAUGUGAGAGACAGAUGAUCAGUGGCACACACAUACGCACAGUUAAUGAGGUGGGAGCCUCCUGUGGUGAAGAGUCUGAUGUGUUUUAAUGGGACUCUAAGAGGAGUGUCGGCUACUCCUGAUGUCUCAGUUGAUAAUCUCAACAGUCUGUCUCAAAUACAUGCUCCAAUACUUCAUAUUGAAUCAUAUACAAUUAUAGACUAUACCCUAUAGGUUAUUUGCACAUACAGGUGAACCCUGACUAAACCUUUCUCCAUCAAAAACCCCAAAAUGUUCUGCUUGCAACAACACAGUCUGAAUCCGUUUGUGUAAUAAGCCUCUCUCUGCAAUUCAACAACAGAUCAACUCCAGAUCAAAAUCAGUCAUGGUAAUCAGACAUUAAUGACAUUAAAGCUCCUGUGAGGAACUUUCAGUUUGUGCCCGUUAUGGCGCCCCCUGUGGACAAAGCAGUCUUCUUUUAUCUUUAGAUUAGAUUAUCCUCAAGUUACAAAAGCUGGAAAUGAAAAACAUUUUGUUAACUGAAAUGAAUGAGGAAUACAUUUUAAUUCUCUAACAACUGAAAUUUUUUUUAAGUAUGACCUGUGUAGUCCAGCAAUAUCAAAACUGAGAUGAGGAAAUCUAAUUUUUUACCAUAAAGCUCUACACACACAUGAAUAAGUGACAUUUUUGAAUUAAGUCCUUCAGUUCUCUUACUGUAUUAUGCAUUGGGUGCUUAUUUUACCUCUAUAUGACCCUUGACCUUAUCUUACUUUAACAUUCAGUAAUUGCUAACACUAGCAUUUUAGUCAUGCAGCCUGUUUGUUAUAGUGUCUUUGUCUUUUGUACAAUAUUGGAGGGGGGAAAAGUGCAAGAAUAUUGACACUUAUUAAUCAAUGGUUAUUGUUAUUAAACCAGUAUGUCAUCAAUUUUUCAGUAUUUUAAACGAAGUCAUAAUCUAUAGUAAUGCUGUCUCUUUACUGUGGGAAAUAUCACCUGUUGUCUCUGCCCUGCAGCAGUGUGUGACACUGUCCCUUUAAGAUAUCCAGGAAGUGUAGGGGGAGUGAGGGGGCGUUGUUUAGGGGGUGUGUCUUCCUGGUUCAGGGGUGGUGCUUUGUGAGGAAACAGGUGUGUGUGCUGACAGGGAUGAUGUCAUUCUUUAGCUGAGUCACCUGGGAGACGGCUGCUGAGCGGACCGUGGACAGAGGGAGAGAUAAGAGAAGGAGGAGGAGGAGGAGAAGAAGGCAACGAGCUGCCAUCAUCACUCCUGUUCCUUUUUUCCUGA